GGGGAAAAAAAUAUAAUAAUAAUAAAUAAUUAAAAAAUAAACAUUUAUCACGGUUCCGGCGUACCCUCACUCGCGGUAGGCGGUAAUGCGAAACGUCCUCCACGCGUACACAGCAAUCGUCCUUCCUCUAUUUCUUCCAGGAUCGUCCCGCUAACGAUCGUUGCGAUCCACGAGAAGGAGAAGAAGGAGAAUCAAAGGUCCUCCUGACGACCGACGCCGUCUCCCCUCCCUCUCCUCAUUCAAUCCUCCAAUUAUGAAAACGCCCCCAAAUUCAUAACAACUACCUCCUCCCCCAUUAUAAAUCCUUCCAUUCACAACCCGAUCUCUCUUUCCUCAAACCGAACCCAACCAACCCAAACAAAUAAAAAAUCCGCAGCUUUGCCACAGAUAUCGAUCCGGAGCACUAUGGGAUCAAGGAAAGGCAUCACCUUUUACCUCGCUGAGCACCCUGCAAUCGUCGGAUUCCGUUGGUCGCCGGAGAAAUCAUGGGGAUCGACUUGGUCGUUUCUUAUCUACUCCAUCGCCCUCUACUACGCCGCCGCCCUGAUCCUUCACCUCCUCCUACACAUCUUCCGCCGACGCCGUCCCAUCCCCCUCGGCCCCAUCCCCGCUCUUCACUCCCUUGCCGUGGCCCUCACCUCCGCCACCAUCUUCCUGGGGAUCCUCCUCUCUUCCCUCGCAGAGAUCCGCGAUACGCGCUGGUUCUGGCGACGAACUCAGACCGCCACCCCGCUGCACUGGUUCCUCUGUUUCCCUAUCGGCACUCGCCCUUCAGGCCGCGUUUUCUUCUGGUCUUAUGUUUUUUAUCUCUCGCGUUUCUUGCAUUUAAUGCGCAGCUUCUUCUCAAUCCUCCGAAGACGACCAAACGCGUUCUCUCGUCUAUUUGCACAUUCUGCGCUGCUCUGUAUGUCAUUCCUCUGGCUUGAAUUCUCGCAGAGUUUUCAAGUUCUGGCGAUCCUGUCUUCCACGCUCGCCCAUGUGGUUGUCUUUGGUUACCGAUUUUGGGUCGGAGUAGGGCUGCCGGCGGCGGAUGGGGCGGGGUUUGUGGUGGUUCUCGGCUGUCAGCUGGCGGUGCUCUGCUGCAACCUGGUCUGCCAUUUUGGGGUGAUUCUAUUGCAUUUUGGAAGGGGAGGGUGCAGUGGAAUUGGGGCGUGGUUGUUCAAUUCGGUUCUUAACACGGGUUUGCUGUUUGUGUUUUUGAAUUUUUAUUUUCUGAAGAAAGGGAUUGAGGAGGAAGAUUUCGGCAACGGCCGGCAAGUAAAGAAGUUGAUCACGGCGUCGGAGGAGCCGCCACCGGCGGUGGAGAAGAAGGACCAGUGAAUUAUGCGGAAGGUAGAGGAGAUCGAAUUCUGGAUACGUUGAUUGGUAGAAAAAAAAAAAGUUUUUUUUUUUUUUGGAUCAAUUGAUUUUACAAAGGAACAUAUAGUAAUUGUAUACAUUGUGGAUGUAAUCGUCAUGUGAUUUUGAGAUUAAGGGGAAGAAAACAAAGGUCCCAUUUUGUAUAGAAUAAAAUGUGUUUUUGGUAGUUAUAUAUCUCUAUGUAAAAAAAUUUGUGAAUUAUUAUGAAAAAAAAAA